CACCAAAUUAUACUAUUUAUAAUUUCGUAGCUAAGUAAAGUUAUAAUACACAAAUAUGCCCCCUGUCGCAUAUUGACGUAUAUUAUAUUCCAAUCAUUCUUACUUUUCUUUUGCCACACUGGACGUGUAGGCGAGCACGUCGCGUUAAUGUGAUUGGUUGAAUUCUUUACCACGGCGGAUACCCAAACUCGGUAUUUAAAUUCCCAUGAAUAAAUUUCAACGCUGAAGUAUUAUUUACACUCUGAGGACACUUCAUAUGUAUAUGUCAAAAACAUGCAGCUCUUCAGUUACGGCUAGGCAAGCUACUAGCAACAACUCGCUUGCUGUCAUUAUAGAAGGGAAAUCGAAAUGUAACAGUUUCCUGUGAAGUAGGCAACAGAUAAACAGAUUUUUCCUGCCAAGUUGUUGCAAUGGUAGUUAGUGCUGUAGACGUGUUCUGUCGGCUCACAAAAGACCUCACAGAUGACAACAAGGAAAUACCGAAUGUGAUUGCAAACAAGGCUAUAAAGAGACGCUCAAAGUCUGUAACGUUUGCCGACUCGAAAGGCCUAGCUCUUACAUCGACAUUUUUCUUCAUUAAGGAGAACUUAUCGCCUCCAGUGACGCGACGUACAUCAAUCGGAACGCGUCUCAAAGACAACAAGCAGCGAAAUGACCCUGAACAACCGGCCCAACUGCUUAACUUUACUUCAAACAUCUCUUAUGAAGAACUUUUUGUGAAAGUUAACAACACAAACGUUUGCUUGGAAAAGAUAGUUUGCUAUGCUUUCGGAAUCUAUGGCAGAAUUUGUGUGAAGAACAUGGCAUAUGAAAAAUGCGUAGCUGUGCGGUAUAGUUUUGAUGCGUGGCAGUCUUGUCAGGAAGAGAUUGCUAGGUAUAUACCAGGGGCCAGUACUGAUAAUGUAGACUCGUUUUUCUUCCAUAUUCAACCGCCAAAGACAAACACAGACCGCAAAAUGGAAUUCGCAAUUCGUUAUCGGGUUUGUGGUAAAGACUAUUGGGAUAACAAUUUCGGAGACAAUUAUCGUCUGGUCUACUAUAAAACUAAUCCCGUGGACACGUUGAAUUUGCCUCUACUUAAUGACCCACCUGAUCGGAAUAUAUAAAACUAUUAACCUGUAACGAAUAAAAUAUAGAAUAUAAGUAUAUAAUAUAGAAAUAUAUAUAGACAUUUUAUAAAAGUGUUCAAUCAAUAUAAUUAUAUAACUAUAGGCGGGACAUAUAUAUGUCAUACAUUAUGCAAUAUGUAGUAAAAAUUUGUGUACCGAAAGCUUUGCAAAGAAUUAAAUUGCCGAGGAUAACUGCAUAAUGACAAAGCCUGUUAAAGUUUUGCAAAUAAAAUGAGGAAGGAGAAAAGUCUGUGUAAGCCGUAUAUAAUCCUAAUCAAGAUGACAACUGCGCGUCAACUACGCCAAUCGGCCGCAAUGGAACAUGUUUGAUGACAUGAACGACAGCGUAGACUCGUAGUUCUAUUGUAGAUAAGGUAGCGAGUGUAUACUUUUGUCGUUUAGGGAGGCAUACAGCUGCAAUACACGUUUCAUGUAAUAUACCUGUUUUAUAUGCGCGGCUUAUCACCAAAUAUCAUCUGCCACUGGAUUCUACUUAUAGUUUUGCUACAGUUCGACCGAGCACGAAGCACAGUCGCAUAUUGAGCCUUCACCCAUUUCUUUUCUGAUUCGUAAAGCAUGCACAAUCUACAAAUUGCAGUAUGCCAAUAAUGAGUUCCUGCUUACAUCGAUUAAAGUACUCUCGC